AAUAAAAAACAGUGUAUACCAGAUUCAAACCAACAAAAUGAUGACUAAAGUGUACUGCUAUAUGGAGGAUAUCCCUGGGUGUGGCGGAGGGGGAUGGACGACUGUCAUAAAGACUGAUGGGAGCAAGACAACAUUUGGCUAUAGUUCAUCUCUAUGGACCAACAAAAGCCCAUAUGGUGUUGCCAAUGGUCAGUCAGGAAUUGAUGAUAGGGAAACUAAACUCCCUACAUACUGGACCCUCUCGUUUGACAAACUUUGCUUUGGAAUGAAGACCGCUGGCCAGCAUGGACCGAAUUGGAUUCUUAUGAAAUACAAGGCAAGUUCGYUGUACUCUCUGAUCGCAGACAACACAUAUCGUAAUAUCGCUAUUGGUCGAAAUAAGUGGCUGUCACUCAUCGCUGGCUCCUCUUUGCAGCAGAAUUGUAACAAAGAAGGAUUUAAUCUAAUUGCUGGAUCAAAAUAUCACACAAGACUAAGGAUCGGUGUUUUUGCAAACGAUCAGAGCGAUUGUGGAACAGUCGACUCUUUUGUGGGAUUUGGGGCCAAAGGUUACGGCUGUACGGUGACCACGGGGAACUGUGGCUGGRGCAAUGCAGACAAAGGACAUACAAAAAUUGCAGUGUAUGGCAUUAUCUUGGCCCAGUGAAGUGCAGACAUUUUAAGAGAAGUGUCGAUGGUGGUGGACUUGGCGAAUUAGUUUAAUGGACCUUAAAGACUAUCACUGAAUUGUUCGUUUUUGUAUUCGGUAUUCUUGURAACUGUUGAUGAGUAAAACAUCAGUUAUUUCAAAUUUAGAGAAUUAAUGACAGCAAACCUGAUUGGACGUGUUGCGUCCCAAUAAUGCUUGAUUUUAUCGAAAUCUUAUAAAAUGUUAAAAAAUGCA